UAUCUUGACAGUAGCAUUUUCAAUAGAAAGCGGCUUUCUCGAAUCCUCACUAAAUAUUCUUUUCACUUAUUUCACAGCAGUUGUCACUUCAACAAAUCGUCGAAAAUGAAACUUUGAAGAGUUUCGAGUUGUAAAGCAUGCAAAACAAUUAAUUCUUCCGAGGAGAGGAAUAAUUUACAACCAUUCUGUGACAGAGCUUCAAGUAAGAGCAGUCUUCCGCGUCUUAUAAGAAUGUCCGCUGCAGUAUCAGUCGUAGACGGAAACGAAGAGACGGUGUUCCAGGAUGCGUACUUUGAUCGUCACGUUGUUCUUCGUCACGACCGUUUGCUUAACUGGAGGACGCGGUAAAAGCCACGGGCAAUUUUGCAGAUACUGGUGCAGAACGCCGGACAAUCGAUAUUAUUGCUGUCCGUCGGGAAAAACUGAGAGUUGGAUGGAAUAUGCCUGGCAUAACUUUUUCUACCCCUUGCUGUGGAUGAGCGUCGAUGAACCCCCUUCGUUCCAUACACCCUGGCCGGAAAUAUUUGUCGAAAAGGAGAAAGAAAUCGAGAAACAUUGCCCACCGGGCGUUCCAAAGGGAGCCCUCUAUUUAUUGUGUUAUGGACUGUAUAAUUAAGUACGCAGAAAUAUGAUCCUGAUUAAUACUUUGCAGACAAAGCAGAUGGCUAUAAGUUACAAGCAAAUCUUUAUAAACAAGAAAUAGUCUCAGAAGAAGAGAAGCAAAAGGAAAUAUUCAAACUAUUCGAAAGCGAAAGAAGUAUUCGAUCGAUGAAAUUAUGGGUUUCUGGGUUAACCAUUAUCCACCAGGAUUGUUCGGCAAACACUUGCCCUUUCAUUCAGCUAUGCGGAGGCAGAACUGCGUUUAAUGGAAGCUAAGAAGCGAGGAUGUAAAAAAAGAAGAAACGGAUGAACUAAAGUGGCAGCGCGUAGCAUUGGAAACUCUUCUCGGUCACAAAGAUCUACAAAGAAAUCCGUGAAAUCUGGACCUCAGUCGAAUGCUCACGUAGUUCACGCAUUUCUCACACCGAUUUCUAUAAUAAUGAAAUGCCCAACAGAAAGGACUAUUUAGAUCUGGAUUUUUAGUGCCCUAUACAGCUUAUAUUUAUUAAAUCACACUGGAUUGCCGAGAAAUUGAAAUUAAAUGCUUCCGAGGAAGAUGAAAACGAUACUCUUAUACACGAGAAGCAUCUACGUAAAUGAGGCAGACCGUAACGCGACAAUUGUUGUGUUGGUCAACUACAAAGAAUGGUGUUCUAAAGGAGCUAUGUCUUCAAUAUUCAGUGGCAUUGUCGCCUUUUGACUGUCAGCUGCGAAUUUUAAAAAGGAAAGCCACCGUUCACGACUUGUACCUACAAGUUGUAACCUGCUAUUGUGACCGUUAUAUACAUUACAAGUGUCCUCUUCUCGUUGGGCCCCCCUUACCAAGAUUUAAUAUUGGACGUCGAUGCUGAGCUAUACGUUCCUUGAAUAUUAACUACAAGAUGUACGUGCAUGAUUAAUUGAAAAUGAAAAUUGGAACGAAUUUCGUUUAAUUAAUUUCAGUACGAUCUCCACAAUUACAGCGCUUCAAAAUCUCGCUAUUAUUGUAUUGAACUAGGAUGGAAAACCUGUUACUGCUACUUGUCGAACAAGAGAUGAAAUUAGUAGAUUGAGAGUAAUUCCUGUUUGAAUACUAACGUUGUACACUCCCAAAGGUAUUUCAGGGAAAUUGUAGAGGGUCUCUGUUGAAAAGAUACUGAUCUUUCAAAGCUGGACUUUUCAAAAGCGAUCGUAUCUCGAUCCACGUCAAGAUGCAGUUCUUUACUACUGGUUCAGAAAACUUGAACAGCAUUAAAAAUCAUACUUGUAUAUCGCUUUGGGAAAAGUUGAUUGUUUAGGACCGAAACGUGGGAAAAGUAAUAGCGAUUUCCUUAUCUGGCUCGAGGGAAAAUCACGCUUGCGGCGAACCAGGAAUUAUAAAAGCCGACACCCCAAUUCGGCGGGGACCAACGGUGUUGUGCAAAUAUUUUGUAACGGGUGAAAGAAAGCCGCGUUCCUCCUCCGUUUCGUUGCAACGUCUAUUCCGAGGCCCCGAUAAGGCCCCCAGUCGCAGCGGAUUCUUUUUAUGAAUUCUACAGCUGUUGUGCUGUUCAUGGCGUAUACCUACGCGGCAGCGGCCAAAGGAUAAAGCAGUGAGAAUAGAAGCGAGAUCGGAAUGGGAAUGGAAUUCGAACGGCAGUGCGCAUGCGUCAACCUCGUUCAUUCACUCUUCCGAAUCAUUCAUAAAUCGUGGAGUCCUACGCUUGUUCCUCACGACUAAUGAUAAAAGAGACGUGCUGCAAGCGAACUGUGCGAAACGUUAUUUAACAAGCGUUACGUAAAAGACUACUUUCUUCCUGAAUUUCAUAUUUCAUAAAAUUAUCGAUUAUUCGGACCGGAACGUUCAGCCAAGUAUUUUACGCGAAUAUUACAGUCAAGGAGCGAUGAGGCGUUGCCUUCGGAUUCAGAUGUAAUUGACGCAUUGACCGUACACGCGUUUGGCUAGACACGGUGGGGAUAAAGGAAGUACGGAUAUACCGGAUUCGAGGCCGGCGAAAAGUAGAGACAGAAUGAAACUAGCCUCGUGUGUGCAACUACGGUAACGUAUGAUACGGUUUCAGAAAUGCAUUAAACAUCUGCAGUUCAUUGAUAACGAAUAAUGAGUUAUCGACACAUGCCAAGACGUGUUUCAUUAGACACGCGUUUGUAGCGCCAACACUUUUAUUUUUCGAAGGCAAGAAGUAUCGACUUUCAUCUUCGGAAGAUAAAUUUAAAAAGCUUGAAAUUAGAUCGGACCCAUUGCUAAUCGAACGCUGCACAUCUCUACGGUGGUGUAUUCGUAGCAAGGGGGAAGGAAGAUGGUGCGCGCAACCGAGAAACAGCCGAGAGGGGGGGUAGUUAAAUCGUUGUGGUGGGGAGAUAGGCGCACGCACACCUAUGAACCCACGGAAUUCGGAAGAGCGGCAACUUCAGUGGCAUUCGUUUGCGAACCGCAACACGGUGCGGCUCGCGGUCGUAUCUCGUGCUCGUUUCCGAUUACGAUUUCAACCCCUUUGGAUGUCAUUGCGUCUCAGCCACUGACACGGCACAAAUGAAGUGACUCGGAAACGUUGAAUCGUUCACCGUUCGACAAACAAGAUAUUUUUCAAGAAUCACGAAACGUCGAGGAAAAUAGGCUGACAAAAUUUCCCUGAAAUUCUCUCGCGUCAAUCGCGGACUCGAAUUCUACCUUGACAGGAAUAAACAGUUCCUGCGAAAGAAUAGUAGCAAACGGUAUUCUAUCGCGAUCCUUUACAGCUAAACUCGUGGAAAGUGCUGUACGCUCCGGUUCACGGUACACUAUUCAGAGGGACGGAACAAGUGAGAGGGAAAAAAGGGAGGAAGAAAGAGAAGAGUCACGUUUGCCGAAGAAAGGCGUGCUCACGACCGAGCUUUUACGGUCUCUCUUUUCGUUGACGUAUUUAACGCCGAUUCAUAUAUUUCUUCGGUGAAUGAGAUGCAUGGGUUCACGAGCAAUUAACGCGAACGUUUGACGCGUGCCAGUAACUCGAUGAACAUUGCGCGGACAGUUUCGUUUUGAACGACAGUCGAUACGUCGCGGUUAAAUCUAAUAUCGAAACGCGAGUGAGUUCAAGAGGUGUAUUCAAGUUGAAGGAAGCUGGACGCGUUUUGAAUAUGAGGCUGAGAGGAACGCUCGUGCUGUUGGUCAUUGCCAGUGUUGUCUACGGUCAGAAUGCGACUGUGAUCACGAGCGACGGCCUUCAAGGCUACGACCCCCAGUUCAUGGUCGGCUGUUACUUUCCCGCGGAAUUUCAGGGUGAAUUCGUGACACAGGUGAGCGGAAAGGAAGCCGGUGACACGAGCAGCGAGCCCAUUCAAUAUUCCACCAUCAACAUCACGUUCAACGCAAUACCUGUGUGGGGUUAUUGUCACAGGAGGGUCGGCGAUAACGUGUUGCUAAUGGACAGAUACGGCGAUGGCGACUGCAUCCGAUGCUUCCGUUUGCUCAGGAGAUCACGCAACGUUAUAGAAGUGUUUUCGGAGAAUCUGAAUAAAUGUUAUACCUCGGAGUCUACGGCUCUGGCGUCCUGUGAUAAAUUAAAUUCCACGUCCAUUUUAUAUCGUACCAAAGAAAUUGGGAGUGUUUCCAUCAGCAACGAAUAUUGUCCCAUAAGUGGACAGUAUCACUUCAAGUACAGUGUCAAUAACGGAUCUGAAAGGGUCAUUGAAUGCAACAGCUUUUCAUCCUCCUUCAACAAUUGUCCUGAUGGUUCCGUUUUGCGGCUGCAUUUCAAUCGCUGCACCUUUGAGUCUCACAGUAAUAUCUCUUUCAUUUUGUAUAAUAAAUUCCAGGCACAUUUACCAAAUAUUGUCAUUAUAAUUUUAGCAAAUUUAACAUUCAACUGUUUGGGGAACUGGCCUGGUCCAAAUGGAUCCACUUACUUUGCUCUUUUGGAUAAUAAUGCAGUCAGUGAGGGCAGACCGCAAUACAGAUGUGGGCUGUUCCAUGUAGAUAACAAGAAAGGAAAGACAUACAUGGCACUUAGCAGCGACUCGAGUUGCACGCAAGAUUUAGAUAAUUCGACUAGUGGAUAUGAAACAUUGAUACUUAGUAAAAUUCCGACUCAAAAGAAAAUGCCAAAUUAUGUACAGACUCAUGUGGCAACAUUUCCAAAAUGGGCACAAGGUUUAUGGGAAGAAUCUCUCAUAGUCAAUGGGACUAUGACCUUUACUGAUCUUAAUGGCUACAACAGUUAUACCUUCAUUACAGUAGACUCGAAUGAAGAAACGGGUCGUUAUAUUGUUUAUUCUAAAGAUCAAUGUGAGCAAGCUGCUUAUGUCUGUUUGAUGAUGAGACAAAGAAGUGAAAAUGUAUUAGAAUUCAGAAUAGGAAUGGUAUUAAGUCCAGUUUACCAAACUUACUUGUGUGAUGAUCCUAAUUUGGAUAAACCAGUUUGGAUGACACAAGCACGAGUUGAACGUGUAGUUGAAUCCCCGUGUCCAAUCACUGGUCAAUAUAUGGGCAUGAUAACUGACUUAUCAGGAAUGUGUGCUGAAUUGAGUAGUAAUUGUAAUACUCGCGAAAUAAUGUAUUUCAAAGUUACCGAUUGCGAAUCUGGUGAACUUUAUGAAGAACGGACAUACUUAUGCUUAGGGCAAUGGGAAGAGAAGGGUGUAAUGUAUACGUACACUAUGAGAAACGAUACUAGUACUAACGAAUGUUUUGUUGGUUUAAUCGUGAACGACGAAGAAAUAUAUAUCAAAGAAGCAGGAGAUCAUUGCAUGCGAAAUAUUGAUCCAAAACAAGAAGGAAUGCGUCUUUAUAAGAAAGGUCAAUGUUAUGGAAAUUCUCCAAGUCCAGCACCAACUCCAAUGAAACCAAGUUCUCAUAAUCCAAUAAUGAGAAUUACAACCACACCACGGUCCAGGUUAUCAGGUACUCCCAGUAUAUCAGGAAAUAACAUUCCAUCGUUUGCUUCGAGCAGAGCAACUGUGUCCUAUGGUUUUGUAAUAUUUCUAAUGGCAAUUACAGCCCUUAGAAAUAUUUACGUGUAUAUUUGAAUAGCCAUACUGUCGUUAACAACAAAUAAUGAACUAGCAAAUGAAUAUUUCUAUAGAAUUGACAAAAUACCAUUAUUAUGGUAUGAUCAAAAGAAGAAUGACAGUAAACUUCUUCGUAAGAGGUUCUAAACAAUUGAUUUUAAAUCAUAUCAAAGUGUAACUAAAUUUUACAUAGAGAAUCCAUUUAGAAUGAGACUAUCAAAAAAAAGCAAUAUGACUAUUACUACUUGUAUCUGAUAUUAGUAAAGAGUAUUAUGAUCUAUUUUAUAUUUUAAAUAUACUUACACUCGAUAUUUUUGUAGAUAAAUUUUUAGUAUUUUUUAUACUAUCACCAAACACUGCCUUGUAAGAUACAAGUAAUAGUAAACUGGAAACUGCAUUUUGCUAGGAGAAUCCAAAGAAACCAGUAUCCAAUAUUUUCUAACUUUAGUGCAACUUUUCUAUUUUUGUUUUCAAUGUUGUAUUAAAUUAUUAAUAAUAUAUGCAAUGCAAUUACUGAUGUAACACUAACUAUAAUAGUAGUAAUUCUACUAUAUGCAACAAAAUUCAAACAUGAAAAAAUUGAGUAAAUUAGAUAGACAUAAAUAAUACUACUAAUUGACCAAUGAGACUGAUUGAAUAAAGUACAUCAUAUAAAGUGGCCUACCAUUAGUAGAAUAUGCAAUUGUCUCUUUUUAUAGUAAAGUAGAUAAUAAUAUUUUGUUUCUGGUAAUCUAUUAAAAGAUAUAUCCACUUACUUUUAAAGGAACAUAAACCUCAAAUUAUUUAAAAUAAGCAUCUAGGAUUGCUUUCAAAUUGUACUUAAGAAAUUCUAUUUUCUACUAAAAUACAUAUUAAUAUUUAAUAAUAGAUUUUAAAA